GGCUGAAAUACUGCCGAUGUGACUUUAAAUAUUAACUCACUCACUCACUACAACAUUUCCAUGCAGUCCUAGAGUGGACCUAAACUGACCAGGGCCCCGUUCCACAAAGCGAUCAUAACUACAAUCAAUCUUAGAGACUUACGUCGAUUCUAAAAUUGUCUUAGCCAGAGUUUACAACCGUUCCACAAAGCGAUCUUAGGGUGAUUGUAACUUUACAAGCUCUUAAGUAGCCGAUCUUAACAAAGAUCGGAAUCUUCAGCCAUAAAGAUAGGAAUUUUCCCUUGGAGUGGCCUCCCUUGGUCAUGUUUAGCAGACGACGCAUUUCCUUGCACACCAUAAUAAAAGUCGCCAUCUUUGUUGUUAUGGUACAAUAUUUAAGAUCGAUUUUAGCAAUCCUAAGUUGGUCCGGGGCAACUUAGCAUUUUGAUCUUAACUUACAACUCUCUUAGUUAAGAUUGCUUUGUGGAACGGGCGGCUGAUCGUAACAAAAAUUUAUGAUCGCAUACUUAGUAAGUUACAAUCAACUUAGCCCUAAGAUCGCUUUGUGGAACGGGGCCCUGGAAGUUUUGAAAACAUGCAACAUUGUACCUCGCGUCAGCAAAGUGGGUUUUUUGUGCAGUGCAAUUUGGUCAUCUUGUCAAAGUUGAUCCUCCAAUACAAUGAUGAUUCUGACACAAUUAAGACAGCAGAUAUUUUACAAGGUAGACACAAUGUUAUGGAUAACAACAAUUGUGUCUACCUUGUCAUCCGUCAACUUCUAAGUAAUUCCUAACAAACAAAUUAGGAGAUAUUUUCCUUUCAAUUAUUAAUCAGAUGCUCCAUGGUAUUGCAUACACAAUUUUUGUUUGCCAUACUAUCCAUACAAUCACUGUUAAGGACUUUCUAGACUCAGAUUUGCCUCAGUUACCGUCCUAAUGAGGAAUGUUUCGAUAAAUCAUUUCUUAGUGCAUUCUGCAAUUACUUCAAUCGUUACAUAACAAAGCGAUCUCUUUGUAGCAAUCAUAUUGAUCAUGACUGACAGCAGUGGUAUCUCCACUACGUCUCACGCCACAUGCAUUUAAUGUUAAUGUGACCCGUGUCUGCCUCCAAACAUGUAGUUCUUUCUGACUCCUUUUGUGUACCGUAGCUGGGCAGGAUAGGAAGACCAUCCGUUUACUUGGCUUGUAUUACAUGAACGUCUUUGAAAAUGCAGAUGGAUAUUAGCUACUUCAGGACACUUUUCUUGAUUGUUAGUAUUUCAAUAGCAUCUAGUUUGGAAGAAUCUCAUUUUAAAAAGACCACCAGUGGAGUUCCAGCCGUUUUAGACAACUCCCAACAUCUCCAGGUCCAGAAAGUGUUUGGACUAACGACAUGUGCCAGUCUGUGUUUGCGCACGUCAUGCCACGAGUUCCAGUAUUCUGACACAAGCCGCACGUGCAUCACACGACACUCAGAGCCAAUAUCUGACAGCGUCCUUAACCCAGGCAGCGGAUUGUUUGACAUCUUCAACGACAACGAGCAAGAGCCUAAGACAUGUUUAGAGAUCAGGAAAAACAAUCCAGGAGCUCAGAGUGGAGAGUACAAGAUCAUUCCCUCGGCUCCUCAGUUUAAGGGUGUGUCAGUGAAGGUCUACUGCUUGAUGAAUGACACACAUCAGCUGGAGUAUAUAACACUGCCAAAUAGGAACAUUGGAAACUUUCCCAAAAGGUCGAACGGUGGUUGUAGAAAUGAACAGCCUUAUUUAGGAGCUGGUGGUGUUGGUAAAGACGGAGUAACAGAGUAUCAGAGGAUCAGAGUAAAGCCAUCGCUUUAA